AUGACCCCCGUGACGCAGUCGUCCGCUCGCCCCUCCCCCGGCACCGCGGGGACGCCGAUGCCGUUUGAUGUUGACGAUGAUGGCUACGAUUUUCUCCGUGCCAUUGCCUCGCAGGAGCGGCGGGUGCUGGAGCUUCGUGAGGAGCUGCAGCGGGCCGAAGCCGACCUAACAACACUCAAGAAACAGUGGGCGUUGUCCGAAAAAUCCAGAAAACGCACCGAGAUCAGCCAUCAUGCCGAGCCGCUGAUACCCCUCCGUUCACCGGACUUCCAUACCCCGGAGGGGCCGAGCAAUUCACAUGGCCGGGAACAAAGCAUAAGCUCUGUGGCCAGCUCGUCCGUAUCACAGGAACGAAUCAGUCGGGAACUGGAACGACGCACCAGCGUUCGGGCAGCUCCCACCAACGGAACCACCAUCUCGGCCAACGGCCGGCGGGUCUUCCAAGGCUCCCAUGCCCGAACACUGUCAUUGCUGUCUCCAGUGACUGCCUCGAGCUCUUCUAUGGGCGGAUCCGGCCCGUCUGAGCCCGACCGCGUCGGUCGUACUCCUCGGUCGGCGACCCUGCCGUCUGUCGAGCGCAACAAUGUGCCUACCGUUGGGGCACCGACCGAUGAGAGCCAAAUUCCUGAGCAGUUGCUGGCCCAGUGGCGAAAGACGAUGCCACCUCCGUCUCGCGAGGCCUUGGUACGCACCGGGAAGCAGAUGGCCUCAGAUCUACGGGAGGGUCUGUGGACAUUCUUUGAGGAUAUUCGACAAGCUACGGUCGGCGAAGAAGGUAUCAACGCAACAGAAUCCCGGACCAUGUCACCGCCCAAUUCAUUAGCACCAUCUAGCGCGCGGAAGCGAGAUUCGUUGGCCAAAUCGCGAAGCCGGGAUCGAUUGUCAGCUGGAGGAAACAUUUCACGAUCAUCAUCAUCAUCAUCAUCAUGGGGUAGAGGGGCGGCGGCGGCCGAGACAUCAUCUGGUAAAGACACCACACCGGUCGACAUAUCUACGUCUUUCUGGCAUGAAUUCGGGGUUGAUUCACCAGUGCAGAUGUCUCCAGGCGCUCGCCGCAGCCCCGCCGACAACAACAGCAACAACAACAACAACAACAACAACGCCGCCACGACCCCUCGGGGCGCGAAAGAACACGGGCACCUCGAUCGCCGCUCCAACAAUCCAGCCGAAGUGGAGGAUGACACAGCCGAGAAUUGGGACAUGUGGGACACUCCAUUACCGGCGUCGAAGGUGACACAUACUCCUUCAUCCAGUCGAUCAACGGUCGAGUCCUCGAAGCACGACCAGUCGCCCAUCACGCAGGGCAGCAGCCCGCGAACGAGUGCCAGCUUUGGCGACUGGAACUCCAGUUCCGCCGCGCCUGAUCCCAGCGUCACCGAAGGCAUCCCGUGGCCGGCCAUCACCAAAUUAGCCCCCUCGAAGCUCCAACGGACCGCCUCCAACCUGAUGGCAGAAUGGGAGCGAAGCCUCUCUCCUUCCCCCGAGCGGAAAGGCUCUUCUUCGUCGUCCAGCCGAGGCAAAAAUAGCAAAAAGGACUAA